UCCCCGUGAGCCCGCGGCUCGGGGGAAGGGGAAACAGGCGGGGGGGGGGGUUCUCUGGAGGACAUGCGCACUUUCUGCGAAACCAUUCACGAGGCCCCCCUCAGCUCGGACAGGCCGGCAGGAAAUGACGACGGCAGGGGUCGGCCGGGGCCGCCGGGUCUAAGCAAUUCCUGUGCGCCGGGUCCGGAGCUAGGAGGAGAGAGGCUGAGAGCGGGCCUAGGCGCCGGCCCCGGGGCCGCCUCCCGAGCUAACAUGGCUGCAGGUUAUGGAGUGAUGGGAGAUGAUGGCUCUAUUGAUUACACUGUUCAUGAAGCCUGGAAUGAGGCCACCAAUGUGUACCUGAUAGUGAUUCUUGUUAGCUUUGGCCUUUUCAUGUAUGCCAGAAGGAAUAAAAGGAAAAUCAUGAGAAUAUUCAGUGUGCCUCCUAUGUCAGAAACUUUGACAGAGCCCAACUUCUAUGACACGAUGAGCAAAAUCCGUUUAAGGCAACAACUAGAAAUGUAUUCUAUUUAAUGUUGGCCUUUCUCCAGUUCAUGGAUUUAGGGCUUGAAAGGAGUGUAGAAGUCAUUGAAUCCAACCGUCUCGUCUUAUAGAUGAGGAAACUGAGACACAGAAGGGUUAAUUGACUUACCCAGGAUCAUAGAGCUAGUAAGUGUUUGAGGCAGACUCUUAAGUUGUUCUUAAACUCAGCCUGUCCAAAAUUGAGCUAAUUAUCCGCCCCUCACUCCUCUUUCUAAUUUCCUUGUUCCUGUCAAAGGCACUACCAUCUUCCUAAUCACCCAGUCACAAUCUAGGUGUCCUCCUUGACCCUUCUCUCUCAUUCCCCAUAUCCAGUCUGUUUCCAGGUUCUGUUGAUUCUCCCUUCGUAGCAUCUCUCCUUGGUUCCUUCUCUUCUUUGACACCCCUACCACCCUAAUACAGGCACUUACAUUUAGUAGCCUUCUGGUUGACCUCUCAGCCUCAAGUCUCUUCUCUAUUACACCCAGUACUGGAUAUUUGAUCCAGUACAUGCUUAACCCAGCUAUCAAAGUGAUUUUCUUAAAGCCCAUGUCUGACUGUGUCACCACCUCUUCCCCCUUCACCCAUUUAAUAAACUACAGUAGCUCCCUCUUGUCUCUAGGAUCUAAUAUAAAAUCUUCUGUUUGGCAUUCAAAGCCCUGUUUAACCUGGCCUCUUCCUGUCUUUCUAGUCUUUUUUACACCUUAUUUCUCCACUUAUUCUGUAACCCAGUGGCCCUGGCCUUCUUGUUUUCCCUCACUGAAUUGAUAAUUAACUUAUGAAAUUAUGAAAUAGGGGCAGGGUUAUUUGGAUACUUGUCAGGAAAGACCAUACUUGGCAGUGGCAAAACAGGGCAACCGUCAUAUUUU